AUGUGCACAGGGAAGUGCUCCCGGGUGGUGGGUGUGGGGCUGUGGCCCCUGGCCCUGACCUGCAUCGUCUGCAACCUGCUGCUCUGCUUCCCCGACUGGGACACCCAGUACGUGCAGGACGGGGGCCGGCUGCUCACCCCCGAGGUGCUGUACCUGGGGGGCCUCGUCGGGGGCGGCGCCAUGAUCCUGAUCCCAGCGAUUCACAUCCAGGCGACCGGACAGCAGGGCUGCUGCGGGAACCGCUGUGGGAUGUUCCUGUCCAUCCUCUUCGCCCUGGUGGGGGUGGCCGGCUCUGUCUACGCCGUGAGCGUCUCCGCCCUGGGGCUGGUGAACGGGCCGCUGUGCGAGGUGGCAAAUGGCAACUGGGAACGGCCCUUCCACACCACCGACGAGGAGCUCAGUGAGCAGAGCUACCUGUUCAACACCUCGGCGUGGGACGCGUGCGUGAACCCGCCCGGCGUGGUCCGGUUCAACGUGAUCCUCUUCUCCCUGGUGCUGGCUGUGGCGCUGCUGGAGCUGCUGCUCUGCGGGGUCCAGGUGCUGAACGGCCUCUUCGGCUGCCUCUGCGGGACCUGCAACAAGAAACAGGCCAAGAGCCCCAAGCAAACCCAGUACUGAGCCGAAGAGCCGCCAGCGCGUCCUGAGGAGCCGCAGCACGACUGCCCACCCCCUCUGGACUCCUCCCUGCCCGUCACCACCAGGAACCCAAAACCCAGGCAUCCGGGACCAGCUCCGCCCGGGAUCACGGGCCGCAGAGAUUACAGACAGUGUCGCCCCUGCAGUCUGUCCCGCCCGUGCAACAUGCCGAGCACCCCUCUACCCCUGUGUGUCACCAGCCACCCCAAUAAACCCAAGGGGCCGUGGGGAGCCGGCGC